UGCCACCCAGAGGCCUGCUGAGUCCCGGGUCCCGCAGCCCCGACGCCCACCAUGGACAUCGCCAUCCAGCACCCCUGGUUCAGGCGCGCCCUGGGCCCCUUCCACCCCAGCCGGCUCUUCGACCAGUUUUUCGGCGAGGGCCUCUUCGAGUGCGACCUGCUGCCCUUCCUGUCCUCCACCGUCAGCCCCUACUACCGCCAGUCCCUGUUCCGCACCGUGCUGGACUCUGGCAUCUCUGAGCUCAUGACCCAUAUGUGGUUUGUAAUGCACCAACCACAGGCUGGAAGCCCCAAGAGCAACCCCACCAAGGUCCGAUCCGACCGGGACAAGUUUGCCAUCUUCCUGGACGUGAAGCACUUCUCGCCGGAGGACCUCACCGUGAAGGUGCAGGAGGACUUCGUGGAGAUCCACGGCAAGCACAGCGAGAGGCAGGACGAUCAUGGCUACAUCUCCCGCGAGUUCCACCGCCGCUACCGCCUGCCUUCCAGCGUGGACCAGUCGGCUCUCUCCUGCUCCCUGUCUGCCGACGGCAUGCUGACCUUCUCCGGCCCCAAGGUCGCAUCUGGGGGGGACGCCGGCCACAGCGACCGUGCCAUCCCCGUGUCGCGGGAGGAGAAACCCGGCGCUGCCCCCUCGUCCUGAGCUGGGCCUCCCGUCGGCUGCCACCCGCUGCUGCCCCUGCGACCAUGCAUUUGUCUUCCUUCUCUUUCCUCUUUCUCGUGUCCUUCUCCUUCUGUCCGAGGGAAUGAGGGUUUGAGGGCAUAGCCUGG